GACCCCAAAAGAAAAGGAAAGAAAUACACUCCCCGGGAAGUCCAUAGUUCAAGAACUGAUUUCACAUUUUCACUCAACUCUCUCUCCUCCCUCACAUCACCGGCGGUAGUGACAGCCACCAGAGGCACGACCGUUUCAACGCCCUUAUUUUAAGUGCAAUCGUCUCAUCUGCCGCCAGAACCUCUAUUGGGAUCUCCGCUUAAAUCUUCUCCAGGUUAAUGGCAAAAUCAAAAAAGAAAGGACGAGGUGCCAGAGUAGCCUUGGUCUCAGACUCAGCGACAGAGUUAAUGGCGAUAUCAAAAAAGAAAGGACGAGAAGACGGAUUAGCAUUGAUCUCAGACUCAGAGACAGAGUUAAUGGAGACAUCGAAGAAGAAAGGACGGGAUGCCAGAGUAGCAUUGGUCUCGGACUCAGAGACAGAGUUAAUGGCGAUAUCAAAAAAGAAAGGACGCGAAGAUGGAUUAGCAUUGGUCUCGGACUCAGAGACAGAGUUAAUGGCGAUAUCAAAAAAGAAAGGACGAGAAGAUGGAUUAGCAUUGGUCUCAGACUCAGAGACAGAGUUAAUGGAGACAUCAAAGAAGAAAGGACGGGAUGCCAGAGUAGCAUUGGUCUCAGACUCAGAGACAGAGUCAAUGGCGAUAUCAAAAAAGAAAGGACGAGAAGAUGGAUUAGCAUUGAUCUCAGACUCAGAGACAGAGUUAAUGGAGACAUCAAAGAAGAAAAGAAGAAAUGCCAGAGUAGUCUCAGAUUCAGAGACAGAGUCAGAUUCUGACCAUGAGAAUCAGAGGGGUCGUACUGUACUUACAGCUGUUAGGAAGGCAAUUGACAAUGGAGAGAAAAUUAGUUUGGAAUGGAAUGCAUCAAAAGUUCCCUGUGGGGAGCACCGAAUAACCUUUGGCACCUAUGUUGGUGUAAUUGCACGUGAGCGAGUGAACAUCAACUUUGAGGAGUGGGGUCAUCUUCCGCCAGAACUUGUGAAUGAAGUUUAUAAUGAGAUCACUAAGGGGUUCACCGUUUUGCCCGAUCGAAGAGGUUGGGUUGUGUCACGAGUUUCUGAGCGUUGGAGAGCUUUCAAAUGUAGAUUGGUGAAGAAUUACCUGUACAAAAAGUCUGGAAAGAUAAGAAAGAUGGCACCAUCGAAAUAUCCCUUCAUAUCUCAAAAUGAUUGGGAGAAAUUUACUGCCUAUUGCACUAGUGAUAAGUUUAAGGAAAAAAGUGAGAAAAACAGAGCAAGGGCAAAUAUGAAGACGACAAGGUACCGAGGAGGUCGGAAAGGGUACCAACAUUAUGAAAAAGAAAUUGUGAAAGAAUUUGAGUCACAGGGGAUCCACAUUGAAAAGGUGCCUCGACAUUUGAGUUGGCUCAAAGCUCAUGCAAAUAAAUCAGAUCAAAGCUAUGCACCUGGUGAUUUGGAAAUUGCUGAAGCAAUUAAAACCCUAGACGCUCAAGCUGGAAAAGGUGUAUUUUCUGCUACGGGCAGAGAUGAUAUUUUAGCAAAAGUAUUGAGGAAGCCUGAGCAUGGUGGUGCUGUCAGGGGUGUUGGAUCUGGCAUCACAAACAAGGAAUAUUUCGGGCCUGCUGAAAGGCCAAAGCUUGGACAAAUGAUGGAACAAAUUCAAGCAUUGCAAUCUCAAGUGACAAGAAUGGCAAACAUGCAACAGUUUAUGAUGGCCUAUUUCAUGGGAUGUAGCCAACCAUCAACCAUGCAGUUCCCUCCGGAGCAGAUGAGACAGUUCAUGGCUGGUGGAGUCGAUGGCCAAUCUGACCAAGUUGGUGGUUCAGGUGGACAAGUUGGUUCAGGUGGACAUAUUGGCGGUUCAGGUGGACAAGUUGGUAGUUCAGGUGGACAUGUUGGUAGUUCAGGUGGACACGUUGGUGGUUCAGUUGGACAAGUUGGUGGUUCAGGUGGACAAGUUGGUGGUUCAGGUGGACAAGUUGGUGGUUCAGGUGGACAAGUUGGCGGUUCAGUUGGACACAUUGGUGGUUCAGGUGGACAAGUUGGUGGUUCAGGUGGACAUGUUGGUGGUUCAUGUGCGCAAUGGGGGGGUGGUCAGUUUGUCCCGUUUGGAGGCGGUGGUCAGUUUGGCCCAUUUGGAGGCGGUGGUCAGUUUGGCCCAUUUGGAGGCGGUGGUCAGUUUGGCCCAUUUGGAGGCGGUGGACAGUUUGGCCAAUUUGGAGGCAGUGGACAGUUUGGCCCAUUUGGAGGCGGUGGACAGUUUGGCCAAUUUGGAGGCGGUGGACAGUUUGGCCCAUUUGGAGGCGGUGGGCAGUUUGGCCCAUUUGGAGGUGGCGGCCAGUUUGGCCCAUUUGGAGGUGGUGGCCCGUUUGCUGGUAACAGGCAAAAUGUUCCUGAGUCCCUUGUUUCUUCUGAGCCUCGGGCCCACCGUCACGAGCCUGAGAAAGGCCACGUCCCUGAGCCUGAUACAGGUGAUGUGCCUUGAUCCCAUCAUUGGUGACCAGACUUUUCCUGAGAAUUGUAUCUUAUUGAAGCUCCACCCACCUAUUCAACUGAUGGUAUUGGCAAGGUCAGAGAUCUGUGGAUUUAAUAUGAACUACUCCAUAUAAUUUACAAAUCGAGAAAUGUGGCGACGUUGACAUAGAAGUAUGAGAGAACUAACAAGUAGAGUAUUUAUUUUCUUUGUUUUUGUACUUGGUUUGUAAAUAUUGAAUAUGUUAAGUUUAACUUUAGUUCUUCGAAUCAUGUUGUCAUGGAAUAUAUGAUUUUUUUGAAUUGGGGGAUUAAACAUAUGAUUAUUUUGAAUUGGGGGAUUAAACAUAUGAUUAUUUUGA